UUCACAGUCUAAAUGAUUGCCAAUCAUUUAAGACAUGAUUAGAAAAUCCGCCCGGUUUUAUAUUCGCAGCAUUUUUGUGCUCUUCCUGUUUAUGUUUAUUCUAGUGCAGUAUUUCAAGUUGAGCUUAUUAAAAAACACCGGCGCCUUACCAAGUCAACCACCGACGAAUAAAUCAUUUACCAAGGAACCGCAGAGAGAUUACAAGCAUCUACAUCUACAUCUGAGCAAGAAAGCGAAUACAACCGUGGAUCUUAAUUUUACACUCUCGAAAGUCAAGCAUCGGAUCAAAUUUCAAAACAAUGAGCAGCUGGUCCUAAACGAAAUGAAUUUCGGUCCCAUAGAAAAAGAUACCGUGAUAAUUGUUAUUCAGGUGCACAGACGUAUAAAUUACUUAAAGCAUUUAAUAAGUAGCCUAUCCAAAGCUUGGGGUAUUUCGCAGGCAUUGCUUGUCUUCUCGCACGAUUACUACGAUGAAGAUAUCAACGAGCUUGUACAGAACAUUGAUUUUUGUAAGGUAAUUCAGAUAUUCUAUCCAUACUCUACACAAAUAUAUCCAGAUGAGUUUCCUGGUAACCAUCGCAACGACUGUCCUAGGAACAUUUCAAAAGAAAAGGCUGUCAUCAGCAACUGCAAUAGUGCAUUAUAUCCAGAUCUCUAUGGUCACUACAGAGAAGCGAAAUUCACUCAGAUAAAGCACCACUGGUGGUGGAAAGCGAAUCAGGUAUUCAAUGAACUCAAAGUAACAAAAUAUCACAAUGGUAUGUUUUUGUUUCUGGAGGAAGAUCACUAUAUGGCUGAAGACUUUUUACACGUUUUGGAGGUAAUGGUGAAAGACAGUACAAAUUUGUGCCCGAACUGCAAUGUCUUUUGUCUUGGAAAUUAUAAGGCAACAUUUACACAUUCCACAUACAACUGAAAGGUGUGAUUUGAAAGGGGUGAUGUGAGCCCCGUGAAUGAGGGUUUUGUCAAUUAUAUAAGACAGGCUAAGUGUAUGCCCUGGCAAGGCGGAAGCCACAAUAUGGGCUUGGCUUUUAACCGCACAACCUGGUCGAAUAUACGAAAGUGUGCCCAACUCUUUUGCACAUACGAUGACUACAAUUGGGACUGGUCUCUGGAGCACAUAUCGGAGCGGUGUAUGGAGAGCCAGCUUAUUGUGAUGGUAGUCAGGGGACCACGCGCCUUUCACAUUGGCAAGUGUGGCAUUCAUCAAAACAAAUCCGAUUGCGAGUCCAAUUUAGUUCUCCAGAAAGUGAAGUAUAUACUUCAUUCUGCAUUAAAAUCUGACCAGCUCUAUCCGCCAUUUCUCACAAUAAGUAAAUCAGUUCUGGAUAACAACGAAUAUGUAAUCAAGAAGCCGAAGAACACCAAACGUAAUGGAGGAUGGAGUGAUCCACGGGAUCAUCAACUGUGUCUGAACAUGACAAUUUAAUAAAUGUGCAUUUGCCUCAUGGCAAUCUUACCUAGAAUUUGAGAUAUGUACAUAUACAUUCAUGUAUGCAUAAUGGGCUCCAAAAACAUACAAACAAUUUCAAUCAUCUAUAUUUUAAUUACAAUUGUUAUAAUUCUAUUUCUUUGCGGAACACAAUUGCAACGACUUCUUUUCUGUGUCGAAUUUUACAUAUGUUAUCGAUAUUUAAAUAUAAAUAAAAUUAAAUC